ACUCAUCAACGCGGAUACAUCCAAACGGGUCGUCAUGCUGUCCUCAUCAUAUGCACCAGCACCAAAGACAAUCACCAGAUCACGCACUGGCUGUGCCGUCUGUAAAUCGAAGAGACUCAAAUGUGAUGAAUCCAAGCCUGCGUGUUCGCGCUGUGUGAGACUAGGAAUCCCAUGCCCUGGAUAUCAAAAGCCGCUGCGAUGGAAAGCCGGAUCUAAAUCGCCCAAGGAUGUUGCGGAAACCCCUAGGAGCGAUGUCACUGCUGAGCCGCAACCGAGCUCGGCAUAUGUGCCUUAUCAGGCUCAGCCGGCUGAGCAGUUUGUCAACAAUUUCUAUGACCCGGAACUUAUGGAUCAACUCAACGACGCUAUGAAUCCUGGAUGUAUUGAUACCCAAAACCAGGAAACGCUAGAUACAGCCUUACCUCUUAUGCAAUUCCCGGAUGACGUGUUGCAGCUAUACCCGGAACAGGCGCUUGGACAGACGCCUGAUACCAUAGCUCAAGGGUCCACUGAUGAGAGACUUUGGCCUGUCACCACCAUUAGUCCGGCACAACCGAUUCCGCCAGCACAGCCAACAUCACAGGCGUUAGCUAGACAGGAGCCUCAAAACCAAACCGUCGAGACUGUUGGUGAGAUGCCUUUGGCGCAUGCCCUCCAGGACUAUUCGUCUGUUUUGGUAGAGUACUAUUUUAAAGAGGUUUGCGGAAUGAUGUCCUGCUAUGAUAGCCCGAUGAACCCGUACCGAACAACCAUCUCGAAUAUGUGGUCUGGAUCUCAAUCACUUUACUACAUCACUCAAAGCAUGGCAGCUGCUUGUCUAUCCGAAGUAUCACCGAAUUUCACACCAGUCGGUCGCCAACUUCGAGAUCAAGCCAUGAUCUGCCUAUCCCGAGAAGCCAAGAUUGCUCAACUUGAGACAUCUUCUUUAUUAGCUUUGGUUAUGCUAGGAAUGAGUCUUUCAUGGCAUGACCCCAGUAGUCUUGGCCAGCUGCAAUUCGACGUUCUAUCCCGAAUGGUUCAGUCCGCCGAAGCCCGCGGUGACGCCCUAGCCGUCGCAGAUAAGAAGAAGGAAUUCUUCUUCUACAACUCUCUUGUUUACUGGAAAAUGCUGCUUUCCUUCGUCACAGACGUGGAUUCAAGCACAAGACACACCCAGCCUCAACCAGCACCCCCAGAAUGUCUUGAUUUACAAGAACCGCGUAUGCCUCAUCCGCAGACAGGAAUUGGUAUCGAAGUGCAAGAACUCGUUGCCAAAGUGGGAAGUCUUGUGCGAAAGGAGCGAAAGAGGAUUCGUUCACGGCGGUUUGUUUCUCAGGAAGAUAUCCAGCGGGCUCAAGAAGCCAUGCUUGCCUCGGAACAGCUGCAUUCUGAGUUGUGCGCAAUUCGGCUACCGACAGAAAAUGAUAUUGUCGAUGCUGGCGAUGACAUGACCCCUGCGAAUCAUCUUGUCAGCAUUGCUGAAGCUUAUAGAUGUACGGGCUUGCUUCAGUUGUAUCGCAACUUCCCAGAUCUUCUGGUACCUUAUAUAAAAUCUGGAAGCCCAGACAACCAAGCAUUCCAGUCAGGAUCUCCAGAUGCUGCGAACAACUACCCGGAUGAUAGAACCUUGGCAGAUACGUGGUUAACGUGUCUAGCUCUUCAUGUGCUAGACCUGGUCAAGGAUAUCCCAACUACUUCUAGAAGCCGGUCUAUUCAACCACUCUUAUUCGUGAGUAUCUGCAGCGAAAUGUCAUUGAACAGAUCAUACUGCGGGAUCUCGAAUUUACAACAACCUCCUGUUGCAAGCAUCGCGACUAGUCCAAGGUUCAGAGUGCCUCUGGCUGGUCUUGAUGUAUUGCAAGCAAGAAAGACGAUCAUUUCACGCCUUUCUGCUUUUGAAAAUAUUUUAGCGGCAAAGCCUAUUCGUCGGAUGUUAACACUUGUCAAAAAGACUUGGUCUUGCAUGGAUGAAGAGAAACAGGAUGCGUAUUGGAUGGAUGUCAUGAUGGAGAAUGGAUAUGAGACUUUGAUGGGAUAGGAGCUGCAAAUUGCGAUUAGUUGUAUAUAAUGAUGAUGUUUCGGGCUAAUAGAGGCGCGAUGAUAUUAUAUCUGAACUUUGUUUAUAUUCAGAGUCGUAUUUGUAGCUGUUGAUCGCGUGUCAGAAAGAAAGUUAAUGUUAGUGAUGUCGUAUUACAGGUGUCAUUCACGUGGAUCUACAUAUCCGCAACCUUAACUUAUUAGUUAACCUUAGACGUAGCUCAAACUCUACAACGCGCCUCACGACACAUCAUACUCGAAUCAGUUUUUCGCAAACGUCUAGUCUUCAAAUCUAGACCUGUGAGAGUUUUCGCCACAGAAAUCAUAUCGCAUAAGACUAUGCUGUUCGUAGGUAAAGAGUCGCAAUAUCAGCAUCCCACCGGCACCGCCUUAUCGUCGUAAACAAUGCAGCGAAUCACACAGAGGCAGUGGGAUGAAAGUGAUCAAUAGUUUGUGAGGGAUUUAGACCCUGC